GCGAAAAAAUAAAGGAAAAUUUUCACGCGAAAAAAUCUAAGAUCUUUGAAUUGAAUACUGCAAUUAAUUGCCCACUCGAUUAAUUGAUCAUUGAUAUCACCCACUAUCGUGCCGUAAAUCGAUAUAAAAAUGGAACAAAGUGCAAAUAGAGAUAAAAUUAAGCUGAAACCUUGAAGGAGCUGCAUCCGUAAGAAAGUAAAAUAAGUGAAGAAAACGCAGCAGCGAACAGGAAAAAGUGUAGCUAAUAAAGACCACACAAUAAAAAAAACAACAGCGUUGAAAAGUAUUUAGUGCCAAUGAAGUGAAAUUUUUGCAAUAAUAAAAAGGAAACAAGUGGUGAAGUAGUGAAAGAGAAACAUCCCGUAAUCAACGUGUCGCAGUGGCAGCGGAGAACAAACAACAUAUUUAUUUUUUCGAUACGACGUCAGCAGAGCCUGCCUAACGGUGGAGUUGCGGUCGCAGUUACGGAAACCAUAUACGCUUCCUGUUUCCACAUUUCAACACCUAUUUUGUAUUUGUGCGUUUGACGCGUAUAAUUUUUGCCGUUGAAAGCUUCAAGGCAAACCCAGUCGCCGUCGUCGUUGCCUUCAGAAAGCAGUCGUCUUCAACGCAAUCAUCGUGGUCGUGGUCGUAGUCGUUUGCAACGCCAAUCAAAAUCCACACCGCUGCCCCUCACAUCCGAACGGCUCAUCCAUUGCACACCUGUGUCGUACGCACGCUUUCACAAAACACAACGUCGCACCACCACGCCACCCAAAAUUACUGCUGCUACUGCACGCGUUCGCAUGUACGUGUGCGUUUUGUUUGGCACGCGCAAAGUGUACCUCUUUGCCCCCACUGCACUUGGGCAGGUCGUAUAGGAGAUGCCUGUUAGUUUGCCAUGGGUUCGCAAACCUUGGAGAUAUUGCGCCAGGGCGUGUGGGCCUCGCUGACCGGUGGCUGGUUCUACGAUCCGCAUCAGGGCGUAUUCUGUAAUGUGGUGCACCUCUAUUUGUGGUUGUACCUGCUGUGUUCACCAUUUGUUGCUUAUCUGUAUUUCCCAAGCACUUGGCUAACAUGGUGUAUUUACUGCACGCUUACAAGUCUCACCAUAUUGUUGGUGAAGCUAGCCAAUAUGGCGCUGCAUCGGCUCUAUGAUCGGGCCCAAACCAUGUCGGAGGCGAAUCUCAAGAAUCCAUUUUUCAAAAUUACCAAGGAAACGGAACCACGUGAGAAUGAGACGGGCAUAGAAAUGAAAGUGAUGCGCAAUGAUGGAUCACGCAAUUCUGUGGAGCAGGCCAUAAACGAGGCCAGUGAGGAGAACAGCAUGAUGUCCUUGGAGAAUGUGAAUAGCAUAAUUGACCUCAAAGUGGACGUUCAUCGUAAAAAUAGCUCCGAAUCCAUUGAAAUGCUAUUCUAUCCUCCCUCCCUCGUCUCGGGCAAUAGUCAGCAGGAUCAACAAUCGCUCGCCGGCUCUGUAAGCGUCACAAAAUCCAUACGUUCCACAACUGCACCAACCGCUGGUGGCCUCAGCGUCUAUCCGGAGCACGAAAGCGAACAUAUGAACCCCAAUGAUUCGGUUACACUCCCCAACACCUCCUUAACGUCCGGAGGCAGUAGUACUACAGCGCGCCACCUGCCACACCUACUGCGCAAAUCAUCCGAAGAAUUUAAACGUCGACAUCAACGACGUCGACUUGAACGCCAGGGCAGUCUUGAUGCCACAGCUGAGUCGUGUCUUGCCACAAAGCUUAUACGCAAUCAAUCGGAUACGAUUGCGACCAGCGCCGGCUCAGCCCGCAACGAAACUUUUUUGCAUCCACAAUGCGGGCAAGCCGCUGGCGCUGUGGUAGGCAAAUCAAGCUCAGCAUCGAAGAUGGCCAACAGCACUGUAGGAACAGCUGCACUUCGCACUGCCGCACAACGAACUGCCACAACGACUACUACAACAACAACGCUGACGCUCACAAACACAUACGCGGCACUUACUGCAACAACGAAUAAGUCGACUUCCGUUGGUAGUGGUGGUGUAAUUGGCAACCCUGGUUCAAACGCACCCGCAUCACUGUCGUCUGCCAAAAAUACGCGCCUGCAGCGUCACCGCAGCUCGGAAACGCAUGAUGAGCGCGUCAAACAACAAAAUCGCCUCUUCCUGCCCAUCCACCACGAACAUCAACCUCAUCACGUGUCCAGCGGCGCAAGUAGUAGCAGUGCGCUGACCGCAAUCGGUGGCGAUAUUCUGGAUGGUGAUGAAAUGGAGUUGAGUGGUCUUGGCGGCAGCGCGAGAGGCAUGUCGGGACAUGUAGACACGCGUGUGCGUGCGCUGCAAUCGUGGAUCUUAGGUUCUUCAUCUGAUGUAUACAUCGAAGACGACAGUUAUACGAAAUCCGAUUUCGGCAUUGAACAACUCGACGGACGAAAUGCCAAUCGCGCUGCCUUCUUACUCCAGCAACAGCAACCUUUCAACUCACAUUACCCUCAUCAUCAGCCACAGUUCUACCGCGCACCGCAUCUCCACCACCACCAUCAUCAUCAUGGCGUCGCCAACAUACGCAAAGACUCAAGCAGCACCAUGUCGGCGCUUCAGCUGCCCGUAGGCAAUGUGAAGGCGGGUGCUGGUAGCAGCGGUGGCAGCGGCAGUGGCAGUGGCAUGAAGAGGCGACGACAUUCUAACGCUACCGCGCUAUAUAAAGGUGGCGGUGGGGGCGCCCCGAACCAUGCGCACUCCGCCGCUUUGGCUGCUGCUGCUGCACUGGCUUCCGGCCAUCAGCCGACUGUACGGCGCAUUAAGAGUGCCGCGCUCGAAAUUUCCUGCCCACGCCCCUCAGUAUCGAAUCUCAGCCCACACCCGAACAGCGUCGAAGCAAUUAAUGGCCAGCAAAUGAUCAAAAAUCCACAAUCAGCUUUACUACCGCCGCCCAGUAAGUGUUUGGUGCGUAAUCCACAUUUGAAUUUGUGCCCAAAGUUCGGUGGUAGCUUUGGUGGCGCGAGUAGCAGUAGUGGAGGCAGCAGUAGCUUGAAUUUCGGCACAAGUGGCUCGACCACGGCGCUCAUUGAACCUGUGUCGCCUAUUGUAGAGCAAUCGGAUGAGCGCGCCUCAUCGCUGGAUGUAGAAACGCAACGCAGUAAUUGCGUGCUCGAACUCAACGAUGGCGAUCUGGAUGAUUGUGACGAUGAGGACGAGGAAGAAGAGGAAGACAUUGAGGAGGGGCAGGAGGAAAACGAUAUAGAGAUGGACGAUGACGAUGACAAUGUUGAUGACGAAGUGGACGAUGUACCAAUGCGCCGCAGACGCAAAGCGUUAGGGUGCCAUCAUCACAGCGUCGAAUCUGAUGUGGGCAACAUACUAGCCGAUGACGACGAUGAGGUGGACAACGAUGAAGAUGACGAGUUCAAAGACUUUGAUGACGACUUGGAGCACGGAAUUAGCGCGGAAUUGAAACCCGCCAUGUGCGAAACACUGCCCGUCGAGCAGCCAAAGACGGAUUUCACGGAUGAUUUCGACCACAUACUCAAUGGGCUGGAGCAAAUUCAACAGGACUUAAAGCGCUCGGCGGCAGAGAACAAUCGCAAAGCACAUGUUUAUGCCCCCGAUAGUGAAGAUGAUAUAGAUGAGCCUGCGGCAAAGCAGCGCCAGUCGCUUCGCUCGCCGUCGUCGCGUGCAACUGUCGCGCAUGAACUGGACGAUGAACAACCGUCAACUUCGCAAGCGUUGCGUCAGCGUCUACAUUCCACCGACUCGGAGACGGACAACAAUGGUUCACGCUCGCCGCUGCUUAGUGGUAAAUCCUGGCAGCACGCCAAUGCCAAAAGUAAGACGGCGGAACAGGACAUGUACAUGGAAAUUGCAGCGUUACAAAAGCACAAAAAUCUGGCUGGCCAUCACGUUGGUACAGGCGCUGGCAUGCCACAACCUGCCUACGAAAUACGGCCGCAGCAUGCCGCGCGUGGGGAAGGUGACUCCGGCUGCCCCUCCAGCGACUGUGAGCAAGUGAGUGCCAGCUCGAAGGACAUGCUGCUCUCAGGCAUGGAAGGUGCUGUAAGCGUUGCGCCAUCAAAAGUAAAAGUGGAGGCGCAGAGAGUGAAGAAAGAUUUGGACGAAAGCCUAGAAUGUGGUAAAAGGCCGACGCCAAGCGUUCUUGGUAGCUCCACUGCCAGCGGAAAUGGCAGGAAUCUGGGUGCGAUACCGAAAGUCGUAAAGUACCGCGAGGUAAAUGAGACGUUGCAUGGUAGUAGCGCUAGCUCUCAACUGCACAAACGACGAGGUGGCAGUAGCGGUGCCAACAGUGUGAAUACCGAAAUGUCACUGGUACCGUUCAACACACAGUAUAGCACCACUUCGAAAGCUGCCUCACGCACCUCCUCCUCUACAUCCUCGCGCAGCAUCAGCGCAGAUUCCUUCUCCGCGGACAUACACAAAAUGCUUUGGUUGAUGACUGAGCAUGGUAGGCUUGAAGGCGCACAACCAGGUAUUAGCACGGCAAGCGGCAUGUCAACAGGUGCGGCGAAUGCCGGCGGUGGUGGUUCAACCGCGCCCGCUAAUAUGUCCUGCGCGCACUUCCAGUUCUAUCAGGAUGCCAUACAAGCGCUAAAUACCUACCCGGCCACCUCCACGGAUGGACUCUCGUUGUCGGAACGAAUGUAUUACCGCGACAAGGCGCGACGGAACUCGAAACAAAUAUCAGAGCCGGGUAAUUCCUCUAUCGGUGAUUACUCACAAGCGCAUGACUUGCAAUCGGCGCAGCUGAGUAGCCAAUCAGGUGCGACGGCAGCACCCAUACGCAGUCUACAUCCGCCUCUCGGCGUAGUGGUCGCUUCGUCAUCACUGAACGCGCGCACUGUAUACAACGGCGCGGGCCUUUCGAUACAGGGACUCAUCAAUGUGCUAAACGACGAGGGCCAGCAGCGUUCGUCCCAAGCGCGCUCUGGCAGUGGCAGCAAUACCACUGGCGCCGGUGCUGCCAUACUCAACAUGGAUGGCCAUCACAUUGAAAACUACUGUGACUACUGGCGACCUGCCUGCAUGCUGUCAACCGAAAAGCCUGUAGCGCCUAAAAGCUACUACAAGUACCGCUUCGAAUGUUGCGGAAUGAAACAUGAAUUUAAAAUCUCAAUGGAUCGGCUGGAGUUGUUGGCGCUCUUCGAUCGCGAUCUGCAUUGGCUGCAUAUAGUGUUGGCGGUAGUGCUGUGCGCGGCUGUUGCGUACCUCGGGGCCACCAUACUCCAAUUGGGCUACUACAAAGACUUGUGCGCGUUCCUCUUUUGCGCCGUUAUAGCGAGCGCGCAAUAUUCGUUGGUGAAAAGCGUGCAACCGGACGCGGCGUCACCGAUACACGGCUUCAACAAAGCAGUGGCUUACUCCCGCGCAAUUUACUUCUGCAUAUGCAGCGGAAUACUGUUGCUUUGCGAGCGACUUAAGCGAGAUUAUGAAGAGCAGCGCGAACCGCCGGCAGAGUUAGACUUUUUCGGCAUACGCUAUUCGCCGUUGGUGUUGACCGCGGCUGUGUUGCAGUUGAUGUACGUAUUCCUACUGUGCUUCCCGAUAAUAUUUUCGUUGGGACUUUGUCCGCAGAUCAAUACCUUUCUGAUGUAUUUGCUGGAGCAAAUUGAUAUGCAUGUUUUCGGCGGAAACGCAGCGGGUAGCCUCUUGGGAGCCUUCCUGUGCGUACUUCGCUCCAUUUUGGGCGUCAUGCUGCUCUAUGGUCCGCUCUAUAGCGCCUUUGCCGAAGGUCGUGGAACGCAAUUCAUUGUAUUCUCGCUCUUUUGCGCUAUACUCGUCCCGCUCGGUUAUCAUCUUUCGCGCUCUGCCAGUGACUUCAGCCACAUGUGGGCGCUCAUCAAGAACUGCAUUGUCAGCACCUAUCACGAUGAUGACGAUGAUGAUGAGCUAAGCGCCGCCACCAUUAAUGGCAGCGCGGCGAGCAGCCAGAAAGUAACCACAAAUACAACGCUUAAAGGGCGCACGAAAAGCACGAGCGCGCGCGGUAAUGAACAAAUCGAAAUGUCGCCGCUCGAUGAUAAACUGACAGCGGAAAUGAGUGAGCGCGCAGAGAUCGAUCACACAAAUCUCGAAAUGGAACGCAAGAGCAGCAAAUCGAAGGCAUCUUCGUUAGCGAGCAGCAGUCAAACGCUUGCGAAAACCCUGUCCAGCAACAAGAAGGGUAUGACAACUUCGAACUCAUAUGUUUCGGUGGCGAAUGGCAGCGCGACUGGUAGCGGUGCACUUGUGACUGGCACGGAGAGCGCACACGAAGCGGCGCCAAUAAUAGAAAAUGAUGGCGGCGCACGAUUAUUAGAAACUGAAGCAACAGAUGUGGCAACGAUAGCAACUAAUGCGCCAAACAUGGCUAUUGGCGUAAAAGAGCCGCCGACUCACCAAUUGCUUACAGCGUCGAUGGACUCAACUCCAAUACAACUGCAGCAAACACAAAAAGCUAUUUCUCCAGCGCCCGCUGAAGCAGACCUAGACGUUGAGGAGAACCCACAAGCGGCGGAUGAGGAUGACAAAAUGUCCAGCUCUUCUACCACUAACCCAGGUGAUAUGUCCACGCUCACGGCUGGUGGCGUGUGCGCCGAUGUGGAAGCGGCUGCUUUAGCGACGAACGCCGGCAACCCAAAUACAGACAACGAUAGCGACUCACCUGAUCCGCUGCCCAAAAAGCUGCAAGCAACUGUAAAUAUGCGUCUCAAGAACGAUCUUGUGGUGACCACGCUGCUCGCGGUAAUCGUCUUCGGUCUGCACUGCAGCACCGUCUUCACAGUGCUGCAGCCUGAUCUCAACAUUGUGCUUUACGCGUUCACGGCUGGGCUGGGACUGCUGCUGCACUACAUAAUACCGCAGAUGCGUAAACAUAUGCCUUGGCUGUGCUUCGCGCGUCCAAUAUUGCGUCAGAAGGAGUACGGACAGUUCGAGGUGUCGCAUGCGCCGAAAGUGAUGUGGUUCGAGAAGGUCUACAUCUAUUUUUGUAUGCUAGAACGUAAUGUGAUGUUCCCAUUGCUGGUGAUUUCGGCGGUGACGGCGGACGCGCAAAUAAUUGCCAACAAAUUCGGCAUUGCCUGGGGUACGCUGGUUGUGGCGGUAUGCGCGCUGAAAUUGGUUCGUAAUGCCUACUCUGACCCCACAAAUCAGUACCUAAUUGUGAUGUUCACCGUUUUGUUCUUUCGCUACGAUUUUGCAUUUGCGAGUGAAACGUUUCUCAUCGAUUACUUUUUCAUGUCGUUGGCCUUCCGCAAGUGCUGUGAUUUUCUCUUAAAGCUACAAUUCAUAGUUACCUAUAUCGCGCCCUGGCAAAUCACUUGGGGCUCGGCAUUUCAUGCUUUCGCUCAGCCUUUCAGCGUUCCUCACUCUGCCAUGCUUUUCCUGCAGGCCGGCGUCUCUGCCAUACUCUCAACGCCACUCAAUCCCUUCCUCGGUAGCGCCAUUUUUCUCACCUCCUACGUGCGUCCGAUUAAGUUCUGGGAACGAGACUACAAUACGCGUCGCAUCGAUCAUUCCAAUACGCGCUUGAGCUCACAGCUGGAGCGCGAUUUGGGCGCGGAUGAUAAUAAUUUGAAUAGCAUUUUCUAUGAGCAUUUAACGCGUUCACUCCAGCAUUCGUUGUGCGGCGAUCUGCUGAUGGGUCGAUGGGGCAAUGUUAAUCAGGGUGAUUGCUUUGUACUCGCCUCGGACUACCUCAACUGCCUGGUGCACAUCAUCGAGCUGGGCAAUGGACUUUGUACCUUUCAAAUGCGUGGCUUGGAAUUUCGUGGCACCUAUUGUCAGCAACGCGAAGUGGAGGCCAUCACAGAAGAUGUGGAGGAUAACGAUGGUUGCUGCUGCUGUGAUCCUGGGCACUUGCCCCGCAUGCUGAGCGUGAAUGCAAUGUUCUCCACGCGCUGGUUGGCCUGGCAAGUGGUGGCGGCUCAAUAUGUGCUCGAAGGUUAUUCGAUAUCGGAUAAUUUGGCGAGCGCCACGCUACAGGUUUUCGAAUACCGAAAAGUUCUCAUCACCUACUACAUAAAGAGCAUCAUCUAUUAUGUUAUUAAAAAUCCCAAGCUCGAGCAAUGGCUCGCCUCGUCGCCCAUACAAGAGGCCCUGCAGCAUACACUUAGCCGCCAAUUUGUCGAUCUCGAUCCAAUUUUCAACUACAAUCUCGAUGAAGAUUUCGACUUUCGUGCUGUUGGCAUCACCCGCUCCAGUUUCUGUUACGUCUACCUCAGCUGGAUUAACUACUGCUACGACAAACGCAAAGAAAUUCAGAAUCCCACAGCAGCCACAGCCACGGCGCCUACUACGGCUAGCACUGCUGCCAGUGCACCACCGCCGCCACACACACCCACCAACAACACCAGUAACGCUUACAACGACUCGAAGAGCACGCCAAAUCUCUCCACCACCACCACAACUACGGCAAGCAAGUCACAGUCACAACAACAGUUGCGCACACGUCCGCAGAAAAGCGCGACAAUGAGCGGCAGUACAACGAUUAACUCGUCGGAGCACAUUGCCAUUUCGCCUUCAUUUGCCAAUAUUUCGAGACAAACGUCGGAGUCGGCACCGGGUCUAAGUGGUGCUGGCCUCUCGUUAGGCGGCGGCUACAUGUCCACCAGCGGAGCGCAUGCGCCGCUCGACAAUAGUUUUGCAAAUAGUGCCGCGACAGUAGGUGCGAGCAUCUCAGCAACAGCUAAAAUGCCCACAUUGGGACAACAGAUGCGCGGAAAGGCAGGAACUGGUGCAGCCCCGCUGAAAACACUACGUAAAGAAGCUACACCUACGGCUAGUGCGACCGCUGCCACGGCGUCUAACAUGUCCAAUGGCGGCCCAGAACGCGCGGUUUCAGAGGAGCCGAGUCGCCCAUUGUUGAAGCUAAAAGUACCAAGCGUGACGAAGGACUCUCCAAUAGUCUCGCUCUGCUUAGCAUUAGGACUGUUGGCGCGACGUUCGUUGGCCAAUGCUUCGCACAGCUCACUGACAGGGGUGGAAUUCUUUUUACACGGCUUGCAUCAACUCUUCAAGGGUGAUUUCCGCAUACAGUCUCCUCGAGAUGAGUGGGUUUUCGCUGACAUGGAGCUACUGCAUGCAGUUGUGGCGCCAGCGGUGAAGAUGGCACUGAAGCUGCAGCAGGAUCACAUCUCGAAUCCAGAUGAGUUCCACUAUCCAGAUGCGCUUUAUGAAGCGAUCGACACCUGCGCCAAGGAUUUGGUAAUAUCACACGAGGCGGAUCCGGUGUGGCGCAGUGCGGUGCUAAGAGGGGCUCCAAAUUUGCUCGCCUUACGGCAUGUGAUGGAAGAUGGUUCGGACGAAUAUCGCAUUAUAAGGCUGACCAAGCGCUUUCUCAGUUUUCGUGUAAUCAAGCUAAAUCGUGAAUGCGUGCGCGGCCUAUGGGCGGGGCAGCAGCAAGAGCUCAUCUAUUUGCGCAAUCGCAAUCCCGAGCGUGGCAGCAUACAAAAUGCCAAGCAGGCGCUAAGGAACAUCAUUAAUUCCAGCUGUGAUCAACCUAUCGGUUACCCCAUAUACGUUUCCCCGCUUACCACUUCCUACGCGGACACAAACGAGCAACUCUGUAAAGUCAUCGGCGGCGCCAUCACACUUGAAUCGAUCAAAUCGAACGUCCUGGAUUGGUGGCAUCGCAUACGUGAGCGCUGUCGGCAAGGCUGCAGCUCUGGAUCGGCGAUGGAAACCCCUAACCUUGGUAUAGGUGCCGCCGGCGGCAUGGGUAGCGCAACAGUUGGUAGCGGCGAAUCGGGUGGAGAGGUGGCGCCUAUCUACAUUUCAGCACCGCUGUACAACACACUCACAGUGGGCAGCCUCUUCAGCUGUCGUCCAGUGCACGGCGUUACAGUGCCAACCAGCAUCGGGGGUAGUCUUGGUGCGCAGUUCGGCAGCGAUGGCGCGGUGGUGACACCUCUAUGGCGCUGUCCUGUGGUAACUGCAAAGCCAGCACUGCUCGCCGGUCUGCUGAAUCGUGAACGCGAGCAAGAGCACGAACGAGAGCGUGAGCGAGAGCAGUUGCGGGGUGUUGGCAUACGCGUGUCGCAUUCGCUGUCACGCGCCGAAAGGGAACGCCGGGUAACACUGCCAAUCGCCAGCACCAGCAGUGGUGGUACCAGUGUUGCAGAAGCCAGCAUCAGCGCAGCAACAACCACAACCAAGUCUGCAGAAUCUGCGCGACAAUUGGAGCCACAUGGUGGAUCUGGUGGUGAGUUGCAGCCCAGUAGCAGCAGUCCACGCUACACAAAGAUGUCCAGCUCUUCGGGUAGCCUAGGUAUUGGCAGCAUUAUUACAACGCCGGGUGACUACCCGCGCAAAUCGAAGGGCCCCAUUAGUCUGACAGCGGCCGCAGCGUUGGCAGCGAACGAACGCAGUGGCGUGCCUGAAAUGUGUGGAAAAUCCAACAGCACUGAUAUGGUUGCAUCUUUGGCGGCCGCGGGCCAUGUGCCACGUAUUGGGUUGUACAAAAAAGUCGUCAUAAUCGAUGACUUUGAGAUCUUCGAUCGUAUUGAUGUGGGGCGCCGCUUCAACAUGUUUUGGCCUAGCGAGGAGAUGCGUGCCAAGGGUGGGCGGUCUGCCUGGAAAGAUUGGCUGCCCUGUAUCGGCAUGGUCGGCUAUGUAGUACACUUCUGGAUGCCUGGUCAUCGCGACAUACUCUUUCGUUCGCCUUUCAGCCGCGUAGUAUACUUGGUUGCCAUGAAUGGCUACUACGUGCCAGUCGGUGAGUUUGGUGUACGCGAAUACGAUCCCGAGCGUGACGGCGAUGACGGUCUCAGUGAAGAGGAGGAAAUGGCCACUGCUGCGGCGGGUGUUUUGGUCGCGAUGCGCGCCGUCAAUGCGCGACGUAGCUCUGUGCAACAUGAGCUGCACGAAUUGGAUGAGCUGCAACAAGAGCGCGAGCGUGUGCGCGGAGAGGGUUUGACACCAAUACUAGGCAGCAGCCUUGAAUCGCCGACCUCGCAUCUGAUGGGCAGCAGCGUACAAAGUGGCGUUGGCGCAGAUGUGGACGCCUAUACUGACGACGAUGCAAAGGCCGAGGGUGGUGCAGCGGAGGACGCCAGCGCUACCAUAAACGAAAUGGCAAGCGUUAGUGGUGUAACAGCAACAGCGGUGGCGGCGGCAACGGCAGCUACUUUGAGUGGAGCCAAUGUGAAAAUGCGCGCCGUGAGCAGCAGCAGCUCCGAAGAUGAGGCCGAGCUGCUCAACUACGAAAUGCAGCGACGCGAGCAAUUCUUUAAUAUGUGGAAGCUAAUGUCGGAGCACAAAGACGCCGAACUGAAGGAGGCGGAAAAGGCAAAACGUGAAGAACGCGCAGAGGAAAGCCAGGAGCGUAUGCAGGGUGAAACGGAGACAACAAAAGAGGCCGGAGCGGACGCUACGCCGACGCCAGAGACUGGAACGGAGACAGGGGCAGCGCCUAAUAAUGCGGCAGCAACAACGCCUAGCAGGAAGAGAGAGAUGGAAAAGAAUAAGGAAAUUGCUGAAGCGGGCGCAAAGGUCGAGGAACAAGGCGAAACUUAUGUGGCGCAGUUGGAGCAGGACUCGCUGCCAGAAUGCAGCGAAGUUUAGCAGCAACUGUGGAUAGCAUAUUUAAUACGCUUCGUUUUUUAAAUGUUGGGCUGAGAAAAUUAAAGGAAACUGAAGUGUCUCACGUCUUUCGGUAGAAGUCGCAGCAGCGCCUACGGGCGUUGUGCAGAAUAGAGAGUUUAAAAAUUAAAAAAGUUGUUGAAUUUAAAUGCUGAAAGGCACCUGCAGUUGGCAGCCUAUUAAAGCAGAAAAUAAAAGAGGGAAAAAACCAUUUGUACGUAAGAUUUACUAUGUAAUUAUAACUGCAUGUACACACAUACAUACAUAUGAAAUAAGACUUAGUUUUAGUUUUGAUUAUGUUUUAGUUUUCUAAUUGUGUAAGGUUGUUGUAAUUGUAAGCACAGAAUCAAAACAAAACAAAAAGAAGAAAAAUAAUAAAUUUACAAAACUAUGAAAAAGCAUAUAAAUAAAGCGCAAAAUAGGUUAAAAUGCAUAGCAGAAUAAAUUUAAGUUAGAAUUCUAUAAGAGCAAAAAGAAAAUUAAGAAACGAAAAAAAUAUUUCAUACAGAUUAACAGAUACAUACUCAUUCCUAGAGCAAUUGCAAAUCUUCCUACUGUACCUACUUAAUAAGCAUAGCGCAUACAUACACACAUUUUAACCUUAGCCAGUACGCCAAAAAAUGCAUAGAACAAAAUUUUAAAAGCCAAACAUAGGAGCGUUAAAAUUCUUUAUACAUUUACAUAUGUAUAUAUAUUUUCUGUUUUAUAAACGAGACAUGUAAUUUAAAAUUGGAAAAACUAAAAUUGUAGACUCGAAGAUUCGUAUAGAAUAAACAAAAAUUAACGAAAAAUAUGGCGCCACUAGCAUUUAGGUUCAAUUAUUACAUUUUUUUAAGAAUAUUUUUUUUUUUUGUUUAUUGCUUUAUCUCCAAAUGUAGCACUGGCGAAUUGAAUUAACCUCACUUUUUUGUAUUGAUGAAUUCGUGAAUUAUAGUUCAUAGUUUUACUUUUUUCAGGCAGAGAGACCCGUUUAAAAUCGUUCAAUGGUCAUUUCUCAAAGUGUAGCAAAGCUCAAUAUUAUUUUCAACAGUUCUUGUUAAAAAAGGUGAUGCUAAAAGUAAUUUUUUUUUUGUUAAAUACAUAUAUUUUUCAUACAGAUUUAAAGUUAUUAACUCUUAAACAAUUUCAAAAAAUUUAGUUUAACGGGUGUCCACUAAUUUGCCGCCUUUUACUGAACGUUAAUGGGUAAAACAAUAGCCUUAAAAUUAUUUACAAAAUUUGUUGCAGAAAAAUUUCACAGCGCGCAAUAUAAUUUUCAAAAAUGUUUAAUUAUGAUUUGGAGAACGAUUUUUAUUUAAACUUGGAGAAAAAAGGCAUAUUUUGAAAAUAUCGCCACCAAAACAGUCUCAUACAUACGAAUAUUCGUUUUUAUAUCCAGUGGAUAUGAGUUUUUUUUUGUCGCCACCUGUUGAAAUUAUAAACUAGAAUUUUAAAUAUUUUAGUUUUUAAAUUUUUUUCAACAAAUAUCCUUUUUUAAAAUAAUUUAUUUGUGUGUGCUUGUCUAAAAUGUUACUUUUCUUUUUUGCUGUUUAUUUUUGUAAAUAAAUAUUUGAAUUGAAACUUAUAAUUAUUUUUUUACUUAACUUUUGAAAUUUUAUUUUUGACCGUCAUCCUCAAGCAAAAAAGCAAAAAUACAUGAAAAUCGCAUGCAGAGAGUUUUUCUAUGAAAGGAGGUAUGCACUUCGACCUUCAAUUCUAUUCAGCCUAUUCUAGAAAAUAUUGAUUACCCCAAGGCUACAAAUAUAAAAAAAAGAAUUCAUUUUAAU